UCCAAGUCAUAGACAUAGCAAUGACAAGUUAGCAGACGUAAAAUGUUUUAUGUGCAUUUCCACAAACAACGCUAUCAACAAAAGGUCCAAUUAAGACCGAAAGUAGCACAAAGUAGUACUCUCAGUAACAUGUUAUCCAUUUGCUUUGGCCUAAGAAGAGAUGUUCAGAUAUUUUUUUACUGAACAUUGAAAACUCUAAAUUCUGCUGGGUUAUUUUUAACACAUGUUAGGUGUCCCCCAUGACGACGGCCCCGGAAAUGAUGUCCGAAUAUCUCUUAAUUUGAUCUCACACCUACUGUAUUUCAAGUUGUCUUUGUGGGUGAGAAGUGUUAUUUUUGUCUGCACUUUAAUCUAUAAGCUCUUGUUAUAAUGGCUGUUGAUGGAAGAUAUAUUUUCAUAGGUAUUGACGUUCUUAUAGCUAUAGGUUGUUGUCUGGGCAAUCUGCUGGUGAUAUGGGCCGUGUGGAAGAGCGGAGCUCUAAAUCAACCCACCUACUGUUUGAUCGUAUCACUGGCGAUGGCUGAUUUUUUGGUUGGAUGUGUGGUUGUUCCGCUUUCUGUAGUCGAGGCGCUCAACAUUGAAAUGUCUUUCCAUGCGUGUCUCUUCAUAAGUUGCGUUCUCCUUGUACCGCUUCAAGCCUCAGUGCUCACCCUCCUGGCUAUUGCUUGGGAUCGAUACCUGAGAGUUUGUAUUCCCUUCAGGUAUAAGUCUACAGUAACUAAAAGAUGCUCUUGGGUUCUCGCUGCUGUGUGCUGGAUGUUGGCGUGUCUUCUCGGCUUCUUACCAAUGUAUGGAUGGUACAAUCGUGACCCUUUGAAACACAACUCCACCCUAAACUGUGAAUUUACAGCCGUCAUUUCCCUCUCAUACAUGGUCAACUUUAUUUUCUUUGGUAUCUUUAUUCCUCUGUUGGCCAUCAUGGUUGCUUUGUAUUGUUACAUCUUUUUUAAAGUUAGAUGGCUGAAGGGAAAGACGGGUAUUGCUGAAUCUGGUGCGUAUAACCAUAAGGAACACAAACUGGCCGGCUCACUGGUUUUGGUUUUGGUUCUGUUUGUUGCAUGUUGGCUUCCUUUACACAUCAUGCACGCUAUUAAUUUCUAUAAUUUCCCGAGUAUACAAGUGCCUUCUGAGGUCAAGUAUUUAAGUGUUAUAGUAUCUCAUGUUAACUCAGUGGUCAAUCCUGUUGUAUACGCCCUGAGGAUACCUAAGAUUAAGGAGGAGUUCAGGAAGAUUUGGAGAAGCUUGAUUGGCCCACAGCAGCAGACUACAGAGUCAUUGGAGUUAUAAAGUUACAGUGAAAGUCAAUCAGGUUUAGUGGUGUCAAUUCAACUGAUGGUGUUCUUAGUGCAGAAUUUAAAGGGCACGUUUUAUGCAAAAUUUACUUUUACAAGGUGUUUGGACGUAAAUGUGUGUUGGCAGUGUGUAAAUGCAACAAGCCUACAAUGAAAAAAAUCCACUUCUUUUUUAUCCCCAUUAAUGUUCUCCCAAAAAUGUACAUUCUGUUGCUAUUAACAAACCAAUGUCAUUUUAAAUAUGUAAGACUUAUUUUGAUCUAUACGUUUUUUUAUCUAUAUACAGUUAUACGAUUUUCCGGCUAUUUUGCACUUUGCCCGAAAUCAAACAUCUUUUGUUUUUUGUAGUUUUUUUAAUGAGGAAUUAACAUGAAGCAGUAUAUUUUAAAGUAAUUGUAAUUAAUUUAAAUCAUGUUAUGUCAAAUAGAAAGUUUUCAAUAUUUUACUGCAUUUUGGCACUUGUAGACUAAUAAAACUUU